CUAAGUUGGCUCCGUCCAGCCCGGCCGGUGGCUCCGAUCCUCGCCCGGCGAGGCGCAGACCCGGGCCAGGGGAUAAUCAUGGGUCAAACUGGGAAGAAAUCUGAGAAGGGACCAAUUUGUUGGAGAAAACGUGUAAAAUCAGAAUACAUGAGACUGAGGCAGCUUAAGAGGUUCCGACGUGCUGAUGAAGUAAAGAGUAUGUUUAAUUCUAAUCGUCAGAAGAUACUGGAAAGAACUGAAAUCUUAAAUCAAGAAUGGAAACAACGUAGGAUACAGCCUGUUCACAUCAUGACUUCUGUGAGCUCAUUGCGCGGGACCAGGGAGUGCUCUGUUACCAGUGACAUUGAUUUUCCAAAACAAGUCAUCCCACUGAAGACGCUCAAUGCUGUUGCUUCUGUGCCUAUAAUGUAUUCUUGGUCUCCCCUUCAACAGAAUUUUAUGGUAGAGGAUGAAACUGUUUUACAUAACAUUCCAUAUAUGGGAGAUGAAGUGCUUGACCAGGAUGGUACCUUUAUUGAGGAACUGAUCAAGAACUAUGAUGGGAAAGUGCAUGGAGACAGAGAAUGUGGAUUUAUCAAUGAUGAAAUAUUUGUUGAGUUGGUCAAUGCUCUUGGUCAAUAUAGUGAUGAUGAAGAUGAUGAUGAUGGAGAUGACAAUCCAGAUGAAAGAGAUGACAAGCAGAAAGAUCGGGAAGGUAACAGGAUGGAGAAAGAAACCCACCCACCUCGGAGAUUUCCUUCUGACAAGAUAUUUGAAGCCAUUUCCUCAAUGUUUCCAGACAAGGGUACAGCAGAAGAAUUGAAAGAGAAAUACAAAGAACUCACUGAGCAGCAGCUUCCUGGAGCUCUUCCUCCUGAGUGUACACCGAAUAUAGAUGGACCAAAUGCUAAAUCUGUUCAGAGGGAGCAAAGCCUGCACUCUUUUCACACACUCUUCUGUAGACGCUGUUUUAAAUACGAUUGCUUCUUACAUCCAUUCCAUGCAACUCCCAAUACUUACAAGCGAAAGAAUACAGAAACAGCAUUAGAUAAUAAGCCUUGUGGACCUCACUGUUAUCAACAUUUGGAAGGUGCCAAGGAGUUUGCAGCUGCCCUGACCGCGGAGCGCAUAAAGACACCGCCGAAGCGCCCCGGCGGCCGCCGGAGGGGGCGGCUCCCGAACAACACCAGCAGGCCCAGCACGCCCACCAUAAACGUUCUGGAGUCUAAGGACACGGACAGCGAUCGUGAGGCUGGCACUGAAACUGGUGGGGAAAACAACGACAAAGAGGAAGAAGAAAAGAAAGAUGAAACAUCCAGUUCCUCUGAAGCAAAUUCUAGGUGUCAAACACCAAUAAAGAUGAAGCCAAAUAUUGAGCCUCCAGAGAACGUGGAAUGGAGUGGUGCAGAAGCCUCAAUGUUUAGAGUUCUUAUUGGCACUUACUAUGACAACUUCUGUGCAAUUGCCAGACUGAUUGGGACCAAAACAUGCAGACAGGUGUAUGAGUUUAGAGUAAAGGAAUCUAGUAUUAUUGCACCAGUCCCUGCUGAAGAUGUUGAUACUCCUCCCAGAAAGAAGAAAAGGAAACACAGGUUGUGGGCUGCUCAUUGCAGAAAGAUACAGCUGAAAAAGGAUGGGUCAUCGAAUCAUGUUUACAACUAUCAGCCAUGUGAUCACCCACGUCAGCCUUGUGAUAGCUCAUGCCCAUGUGUAAUUGCUCAAAACUUCUGUGAGAAGUUUUGUCAGUGCAGCUCAGAAUGCCAAAAUCGUUUUCCUGGGUGUCGUUGCAAAGCACAAUGCAACACCAAGCAGUGCCCCUGUUACCUGGCUGUCCGUGAAUGUGAUCCUGACCUCUGCCUGACUUGUGGAGCAGCUGACCACUGGGACAGCAAAAAUGUUUCUUGCAAGAACUGCAGCAUUCAGAGAGGAUCCAAAAAACACUUAUUAUUGGCACCUUCAGAUGUGGCAGGCUGGGGAAUUUUUAUCAAAGAUCCUGUACAAAAGAAUGAAUUCAUCUCUGAAUACUGUGGUGAGAUUAUUUCUCAGGAUGAGGCAGACAGAAGAGGAAAAGUGUAUGACAAAUACAUGUGCAGCUUUCUGUUUAACUUGAAUAAUGAUUUUGUGGUUGAUGCAACACGCAAGGGCAACAAAAUUAGAUUUGCAAACCAUUCAGUAAAUCCCAACUGCUAUGCAAAAGUUAUGAUGGUUAAUGGUGAUCACAGAAUAGGAAUAUUUGCUAAAAGAGCCAUUCAGACUGGUGAAGAACUGUUCUUUGACUACAGGUGGGUAGAUAGAUUUCAGAUGGGAUUAGCUUUCAGUAUCUGCACAGGUCAGUUAUUUCCUGUGUCUGCCUGGUCCCUGCAACCUAAUGUUUCAGUAGCUGACAAGCAGCGUUCCCUACCCUGUUUUUGUUAAGCCAGAUGCCACAGCAAGACUGAUUUGAGCAAAGCAGCUGGUUAAGAGCCUGCAAACUUGGAACAGCAACUCAUAUAGAGCAAAACAUAGUGACAAAUGGGAACAGACUUUCUCUGGUUGGGUUCCAUAGGUACCAGUACAAAUUAACUCCCCUAUCAUUCAGAAAUGGGCAAGAAUUUCAGAGAAUGAAAUUUCAGAAUUACUACAGACAAGUACUUGCUAAGAAUGUCUUUACUUUCCUCUACAAUCAUCUCACUUGACUUACUUGAAAAAGUUAAGUUGUCCAGUGGCAAUACUGUGUAGGUCAACCUUGAGAAAGGCUGUUACUUUCUAGUACUGAAAAUGAACUUCAGGACUGUGAGAUUCAAAGUGUAAAAGUAUGGAAUUUUACUGAUUUGUCUCGUCGCAAUCAAACACCUCUGAAAGUAGUUUCUUGAGUGGGUCAGCAGUGUUAUUAACCUGCAAAUUCACACAUGGAGGAAACACCCCAGCUGGUGAGGAAACAAUGGGAAAUCUAAGUAAGACAGUAUUCCAGGCUGUGGUGCCCUUCUAUCAAAACAAUGCAGCUGAGGCAUUCUAUGAUAGUGGGUUUUUUGUGAUUCUGCUUUUUUUUAAAAUUUCAGAUACAGCCAAGCUGAUGCCCUUAAGUAUGUGGGCAUUGAAAGAGAAAUGGAAAUCCCUUGACACCAGCUACCUCUUCUUUUAAACAAACAGC